AUGCCGCAGUUAAGGUCAGGGAAGGUGGUAACUGCCAGCGAGGUGAAAUCGACUGACGGGAUUGUUGCCAGCCCAAGCUGUCUGGUUACAGAGGUAGGAUGCGAGCCACAGAGAAAGCUGGUGGUGGAGCAGAGUCCUCUCCUGACACCAAAGAGAAAACCCAAGCAGCCCUUGUCUUCCCGUCUCCAACCUGCCACACUCACCAGUGUUUCCUCUGAGCAGUUUGUUCCUCUCGUGCCAAUCCAGAAAAAGAAAAAGCAAGCAAAGGAAAAAUGGAAAGCAAUUGAUCAAGAUCCCGGUACACAGGCUAUGAAGCAGCUUAAGACAAAUCAAAACAGAUCAGAAGAUUCCAAGGAAAAGGAGCCUCACUACUCUGAAUCUCCUAUGGUUGCUACUUCAGAUGGGACUCCAACAGAAAAGAAUCCGUUUGUGAGGUUAGAGGCCUGUAGUUACAUCAAUGCAUUUGUGAGUUCUUCAGCCAGUGGAAGUACCAGUAGUUUUAAGUUAAGUGGAUUCUUCCAUGUAGCCCAGGAUAAAAGUAAGCGUGUUUUUCCUGAUGGUACUGUAGAAGAGAGCGGUAUGAACUGUAAAACUAGUAGAAUGCAAAGCGAGAGGUCACCCAUAAAAGGUAGCUUGUUUAAUGAAGACAAAACUCAAACUGGAGAAGGGUAUUUUUCAUGCUGUCAGUGUGAGAACAGUAAGUGUUUAACGGGAAAAAAGUGGAAUAAUGGUAGAAAGUCAAGAAAAAAGAUUAACAUCAUUGAGAAAUCAACAGUGCAGAACAUUUUUACAGAUGUGGCUAAUGGAUGCAGUGAGUUACAAACAGAAGCGGCAGUUGCUGUGUCAAGCUCCUUUGCAGUCUUAGGACUAAAUCAUAAAGCAAGUACUCUGUCAGCUUCAUGUGAUGAUACAGCAAAUCUUCAUAUGGGAAAAAAUACUUGUGAAGCACAAAAUACAUCAGUCUGGAGAAAGAAUAGUACCAAACUACCUUCAUUUGAGGAUAACUUCAAGAAGACAUCUGAGCUCUCUGUAAUAGCAAAAGAAGAAAAUGCAAACAGUGUGCUGCAUCAUUCUGAUGCCUCAGGCAACCUGAGAGUGCCAGCUUGGGUACAUGGUGCUUCUAAUUGUCACAAAAGCAAAACAAAUGAAAAAUUGAACAAAGCUAAUAAGAAACUGCAGCGGUUUACCUGUCAAAGAACAGUACCUAUGACUGGUAAAAAAGUUUGGCCUUGUGAAUCUUGUGCCAGGACUUCAGAAUGGGUUCAUAAAAAUCACAAGUCCAUCUCAGAAGGAAAAAGACUUUUAAAGGCUGCCUUCAAGGAAUCCUCUGAUAAAAGCAAUGUUAAAGCUAUAGGAAAUAGUGCUGUGACCAAGAAUUUGAGACAGUUUGAUUUGCCCACAUCACCAGCAGAAGUUAAAGAAUCUACACAUGAAAUAACAGAUCCAGAUACCGAAUGUCUGACUUCACUUGAAACACCAGAAUCCUCUUCUAGGAAUAUUUAUGGGACUUUGAGAAUGAGCAAGGAAAAUGUGGAGUCACCAGUUAAUAUAGAUGGAAGUGCUGUGGCUUUUAGCCAUGAUGAUAUGCAAGAAGUUAAAGCAACCUUGAAUUUUCCAACUAAACAAAAAGAUAAAAAUAAACGAUCUCUAAGAAAAAGAAACCUGUCUGUGACAGUCCAAAAUGAUACAUCUACAGUUGAUCACUCUGUUGCAUUAGAAAUAAAUGACAAUAGCAGAUCAAGUGGGGAUCUUUCGCAGCACAAAAGCCAAGAUUUUUCAGAUGUUCUUGAAGCUUACAAAGAAGAUGUUCUUGUCAUUGAUGUGAUUGAGGAUGACCCUGACCUUUUUGGAACCAAUAGUGAAAAGGAACUUGCAUUUGCAGACUUUGAAGAUUGUCCUGUGAAGGUGUCCUAUAUGGGCACCUGUAUUAAGGAAGAAAAGCAAGAUCUUAAGCCUGAAUAUCCUGUUAUGUCAGAAAACAGAGAUUCAGUAGAUGAUAAUUUUAGAGGAAGCAGUCCUUCGGGAGGUAUUACUGAGGGCUUCCUUGAAGAUGGGCGGCUGAGAGAACUAGAUGAACUUUCAGAGAGUUUUGACAUGGAUGAAAAG